UGUAUGAUGUCGAGGGACGGUGGAAACAGCGUUCUGACGAAAUUCGAGAACCUCUACCCAGACCAGCGUUUAUUAUUUGUUGCUGAGUUUGGAGAAGUUAGCUAUCCACCGUUUUUUUAAAACAAGUUUGUGGAGAGUGACUGCCAACGUAUUCGAUUUUUAGUGCAUUCAAACUAGGCUUAGUGGAAGAAAGCUGGUUUCAGUCAACAAAUUAACACCUGCUAACGUUGUAUGUGAACUGUAGCGUUCAUAUUCGCUAAUGUUUCUUAGCUAUGCUGGCUAACCUAGCCAGCUAACCAUCGUAUAGCUUCCUACUCGGUACUACAUUAACCUAGACAGGCGUUUGUGAUUUAACUAACCUACCUAGCUAGCUAUUUAGGUGUCUGAUCUUCUGUUGCUGUUUUCUGAAUGGUCGUUGUAUGGAUUACUCGAGUCGUUAGCAGUAUUAUGCUUUGUUAGACGUUAUUUACCUUGCUAACCGCUAGCUAGCUAACUAACUUGCUAGCUUGGUUAUGCACAGACAGACACCUGGUGGUUACAGUUUUCUGUUUGUAUGGAUAGGAACAUAAGUUGAGUGAUGUCCUAACCUAAGCAGAUAGGUUGGAUUAUUAUUCGUUCACGCGGUGUGUACAUGCUGGCUAUGGGGGGGUUAAAAGGCAUCAUGCAUUCUUCAGAAAAGACAUGGAUACUUUUAAUCUUAGUGGUGGUUGUCACCCUGGAAGUGACAGCUGAUGUGGGACCAGAAGCCAAUGAUGUACCAGACGCUGAUCCCUCCCAGUAUUUUCAUGACCAGAACACAGAGGAGGAUGAGGUUCCUGUGGGCUCCAGAGUAGUGGCAGGGCAUUCUGUUUCCAUCAGGGAAGCCUCCCCUACCACAGAGGAGCUCCAGCUCAAGGAUGAUGUAACAGACAGGGGAGCUGACAGUGAGGUUGAGGGGGUUGAAAAGGAAGACCUUCCUAGUCAGCCCCCUCCAACAGGUGCAAAGCCAAAGGAGGUUCCUGUGGCGAUAGGUGGCACAGCCUCUGGGGAACGCUGUCUCUUUCCUUUCCUCUUUCUGGGGAAGGAGUACUCAGACUGCACCACUGAGGGUAGAAGGGAUGGGAGACUGUGGUGCGCCACCACCUACGACUAUGAGCACGAUAAAAAAUGGGGCUUCUGUGAAACGGAGGAGCAGGCAGAGCAGAGGAGGCUAGUAGCAGAGGCAGAGGAGCAGUAUCAGGCUACCAUCAAGCUGAUCAACAGCACCAGCCGAAAGAGCCAGAAAAAAGAGCUAUAUGAGCACUUGUUGAAAGUGGCAGGCAUGGGGCAUACCAAGGCCAUGGAGAAGGUGGCAUAUGCCAUGCUGUUUGGAGACUAUAUGCCCCAGAACGUUCCGCAAGCCAAGGAGCUGUUUGAGAAGCUGGCACUCGAGGGCUCCCCAAAAGCACAGAUGGCUCUUGGUUUUCUAUAUGCAGCAGGAUUAGGGGUGAAUUCCAGUCAAGCCAAGGCAUUGGUCUAUUACACCUUUGGAGCUCUAGGGGGAAACCUGGUUGCACACAUGAUUCUAGGCUACAGAUACUGGGGAGGGGUUGGAGUGCCUCAGAGCUGCGAGUCUGCCCUCACUCACUACAGGCUGGUGGCCAAUCACGUGGCUAGUGAUGUGUCCCUGACUGGGGGCAGCGCAGUGCAGAGGAUCCGUCUGCUUGAUGAGCUGGAGAACUCCGGGUCUCCCAGCGGCAUGCUGGAGGAGGACCUGAUCCAGUACUACCAGUUUCUAGCUGAAAAAGGGGAUGUGCAAGCUCAGGUGGGUUUGGGUCAGUUGCACUUACACGGAGGCAGAGGGGUAGAACAAAAUCAUCAGCGAGCCUUUGAAUACUUCAACCAAGCUGCUAACGCUGGCAACACGCAUGCAAUGGCCUUCCUUGGGAAGAUGUACUCUGAGGGUAGUGAGUUUUUGCCCCAGAACAAUGAGACGGCUCUGAUUUACUUCAAAAAGGCCUCAGAACAAGGUAAUCCAGUUGGUCAGAGUGGGCUUGGUAUGGCAUACCUCUAUGGAAGAGGUGUUCCUGUGAAUUAUGAUAUGGCACUCAAGUACUUCCAGAAGGCUGCAGAACAAGGCUGGGUAGAUGGACAGCUACAGCUGGGCACUAUGUACUACAAUGGUAUCGGUGUUAAGCGUGACUACAAGCAGGCACUGAAGUUUUUUAACCUGGCCUCCCAGGCAGGUCAUAUUCUGGCCUUCUAUAACCUGGCCCAGAUGCAUGCCACAGGCACAGGUGUCAUGCGCUCCUGCCACACGGCUGUGGAGCUCUUUAAGAAUGUGUGUGAGCGAGGCCGGUGGUCCGAGAGGCUGAUGAUGGCCUACAGCAGCUUUAAAGAUGGAGACAUGGAUUCUGCUUUAGUUCAGUAUCUGCUACUAGCUGAGCAGGGCUAUGAGGUCGCUCAAAGCAAUGUGGCCUUCAUCCUCGACCAGAAACAGUCCCGGCUCUUCAGUGACAACGAAACCUACCCUCGUGCUCUCCUUCACUGGACCAGAGCGGCUGCCCAAGGUUACACAGUGGCCAGAAUUAAGCUGGGUGAUUAUCAUUUCUAUGGAUAUGGCACUGAUGUGGACUACGAAUCUGCAGUCAUCCACUAUAGACUGGCCUCUGAGCAGCAACACAGUGCCCAGGCCAUGUUCAACUUGGGCUACAUGCAUGAGAAAGGCCUUGGCAUAAAACAGGACAUACACCUGGCUAAGCGUUUCUAUGACAUGGCUGCAGAGGCCAGUCCUGAUGCACAGGUUCCCGUGUUCUUGGCCCUCUGCAAACUGGGACUCAUCUACACAGUGCAGUAUUUGCAGGAGCUUAAUCUGAAGGAGCUUCUUUCUCAGGUGGAUCUGGACCAGCUGCUGGGUCCUGAGUGGGACCUCUACCUCAUGACUGUUAUUGCUCUACUCCUGGGCACAGUCAUUGCAUACCGGCAAAGGCAGCACCAGGCUGUACCAAGAGUCCCCCCCGCACCCCCAAGACCUGUGGCCCAGCCGGAGCAGGCUGCCGCUGAGCCCAACCAGGACUAAGAGAGGGCCUCAGCCUGGCAAGAGAUGUUGGAGACAUGAGAGCAAGGGCGAAGGAUCUGCUCUUCUUGGACAGUUACAACAGCUCCCUCCACCCAGCUGCAGGCCUUAACCUCCUCCAAGUAUUAGGUCUAGGAACUGUCUAGACUCCCAUGAUCCUCUUCCUUUGCCUUGAGCUUUGUGGGGGGAUAACCGGGGAAGGUGGGAAGUAAUAGAAGCAAACUGGAGUGCAAAAACAAAGGAUGACUUGCUAUCUCUAAAGUGUGUGGCUCAGGGUAUUACCAGCUGAAGCGUCAUUUAUUUGUGCUGCUUAGUACUCACAAGUUUGGGGACUCCCCUUAGCCACUGUGCUAGAAGCCAAGGACCUGAUUCUGUUGCCAUGUUCCCAUGCACCAGUUCAGAUGGUUCUAAAAACAUCAGUGUGGCUCACACUUGUUUACCUCCUGGCCCACACCUUUGCUGAAUAAAAAGUGAAACACACUGGACCUCACAUUGUCAAAUACUGGGGGAAAAAUCUAUUAGCAUGCCUUCCUAGUACUUGUUUUGCUAGCCAGUGUGGCUUGUUGGCAGACGUGCUUGGUUUGUAAAAGUCUUUUUAAAAACACCGUCUGCUGGUUAAUUUAUAGUUGUAAAUUAUCACAAACAUUUUAUGCCAGCGCAGUAGUUACUGUUAAUGUUUCAUGUUGGCUAAAUCUGGCACAAAUUUAAAAAAAAAAGGAAAAAAAAGAAAAAAAAAAAAAGAUAAUUGGUCAACUGUUUGACUGAAGUAAUACACAUACUAGUGGACAUAGUUGCUGUUUGAAGGCUUUUUUGAUGGUCACAAAUGCUCAUCUUUUCAAAUAUUUAUAAUACCGCCCUUUAAUUUCUUAUAGAUCUGUUAUAACCGAAUCAAAAGGUACAGUUUUCUCAGGCACUUCCAGCACUAUUGCAAUUUAAAAUGGCUUUCCAAUCCCAGUGUCUGAUGAGGUUCUAAAGUUUUGUGACUGCUUUUUGAAAGACUGAAGACUGCAGCAUACACCAUUUUGGUAUAAAGUCACCUACAUUUUCUAGGUAUUGAUUUUGAGACCUUUGUUUUACUUUGUCACUUUGGAAUCAGAAAUUUGAAUAGGAAGGUUUUUUUUUUUUUCAAUACAUGUCGGAACAUAGCAAUAUGUGUGGUCUGUAAACUUUUAAAGAAACACUGUAUAGGAUGUAAAGUAAUCAGAAUCAUGUUUUUCCUGCUGGGAUGUGCCAGAGUACUGCCUGUAAUGGUCAAUUAGCUGAUCUUUUCAUAUACAACUUAUAAAACGUGAAAAGUUAUAAAGAAAAUACAUGUUCAUCAGACUCCACACAGUCGUGCACAGUGUGGCUAAAAAAGUUCACAAGAAACUAAUAAAAUGGUCCGUGGGUUUCGGUUCAGUACACUUUCUGAAAUGUAUAUGCUCAUUUGCAAAUGUACAAUGAAAAAUCCUUAGUGUCCUUUCUCCAUGUUUAGGACAAAGCUUUUCCAGCAUUUUCCUUAAAAACUAAGUGGGUGGGUCUGGAUUUAAACAUUUUCUCCUUAUUGCUUUUUUUUUCUAGCUACUAAGAGUGAGAGCCAAUUUCCAAUCUUUGCUAUUUAAAAGUAAUGUCCUUUCCAAAACUGUCUUCUUGAUUUCUAUGUAUGCCCUUCCAAAAGGGAAUGAGAAUUAUGCAACUCUCAAAACAUGAAAAUGGUCAGCAUCAUUAUUUUCCCCCACACUUUCUCUACCAUCCUGUAAAACCUGGAUGAUGAUGUUGCCAGGGUAUGACAAAAAAGUGCGUAGUAGUAUUCCAAGAAAGGUCCCUCUACAUGGCUGAGUGAGAUGAUUUCUAUUGUACUCCGUUCUAUGUCGAACCUCUUCUGCAAUAAGCAUGUCACCCUCCUUUUCCCAUUUCUCUUUACCAUACAUUUUAUUUUCCAAUUUUGCCAGAAGAAAACCCUUAUAUACAAUAAUGUAUUUAUCUGUGUUACACUCCUUCAAUUUACAUGUAAACAACAAUACUUUUGAAAUCCUCCUUCACUCAUCUUUGAUGCUUUGGCCACAUUUUGAUUAAAGUAGUGCCAGACUUGGA